AUGGCCAUCAGCUCCGACAUCGUCGUUGCAAAGUCAUUACCAACUAUUCACCUCGACCUUCUCCGAGCGGACAAUGACACGGAGAGCAAGAAGCUGCUCAACGCUUGCCGGAGCUAUGGCUUCUUUUAUCUGGACUUGACGAGUGACGCGGAGUUGGUCAAACUAUGGGAUAACAUGUUGGCCAUUAUCAAGGAUUACUUUGAGCAACCACUGGAGAUCAAGAUGCAAGAUGCAAGGAAUGAUGACAACUACGGCUACGAGCCCAUGGGCACCGAAGAAGGCCCAAUGGCCAAAACAAGAGACGGCUACGAGUCUCUGAAAUUCUCCCGCCGCGAAUACCUCAAAGGCUCCUCAGACCUCACCUCGCCCAUCCGGCACCACCAAACGACCUUCUUCACCUUCAUAGAAAAAGCCCACGCCAUAACCCUCACCAUCCUCACCCGCCUCUCAACCCAACUAAACCUCACCGGCCCCGCGCGCUUCGAAGCCCAACACACCGACCCAGGCCCCUCCCUCUCAACCCUCGGCCUCCUCCGCUACCCAAAGCACGACCUGAGCCGGGAAACCUCAAGCACACCCACACACGUCGGGCACAACAAACACACCGACGUCGGAACGCUGACCUUCCUCCUCGCCGCGCAAUGGGGGCUGCAGUUCCUAUCCCCGCUCAGCAAACGGUGGGAAUUCAUCGAGCCGCGCCGCGGCCACGCCAUCAUCAAUGUCGGCGAUAGCCUGCGGUUCCCGAGUGGGGGUGAGCUGGCGAGCGUGGUGCACCGCGUUGUGCCGCUGCGGGAGACGCAGACGGAGGACCGGUACAGCAUGGCGUAUUUCCUGCGCAUGAAUGAUGCGGAUGGGUUUGUGGAUAGUGCGGGGAGGAAGUGGAGUGCGCGGGAAUGGCAUGAUUUUAAGUUUGGGGUGUUUAAGAGUCCGAGUACGCUUGAUAAGAAGGGGGAGUUUUUGACCGGGAUGAUGGAGAGGGAUGGGGUAAUUGGGGUUGCGGUGUGA